AUGUUAGGAUACCAACACUAUAUGAAUAACCUCACAGGCGAACUUGUCCAUAAGCGCAAGAGUCCUGCUCACGGGUAUUUCUUUGGGGUCUUUGGCGCAUCGAACAGCAUGAACCCUUCGAGUCAGCUUGUGGGAUACCGUCUUUGGGCAUUCAAUGAUGUGUUCGUCUUCAAGCGAGCAGCCACCGGAAUCUCCGUGUUCAGAAACAGGUCGACGGGCGUUGCGCAAGUCCGCCACAAAGCCGUGCUGGGAACCGCUCCUCCUCAAGCCUGCGUCUUAUCUUUCUCGCCGAUUUUUACGUUGCUUGAGAGCAACUGCCGCGAUAAUGUCAUCGGGACCAAAAUGCCUCAGAUAACGAUGACAGAGAUUAGGGUCACAACUGGCAAGAAGCAGAAGUUAGGCAAUCUCAAGCUCGAGCAAUUCCUCGAGGAGUCUAGUAUUCGAACGACCCUUCAGGCCGUCCGGGUCAUUCUCGACAGAACUCCAGGCGCGAAGAUUCUGGUUAUUUCAGAGGUGCUCGAGGCCCUGUAUUGCCGGGUUGUGGCUUUCAUGUUAGGUAUCGGAAAUGUUCAAACACGACAGACCAUGUUCCAGUUCAUUGGGAAUAUCGCUACCGACAGAAGGAAGGAAGCUGGAAGGAAGUCACUCUCUUUUCAAAGCCCCAGCGACAUGUUGGUCACUUCCAGGGCCGUCGGUCAAAAUGUCAUGAUGACCAGUAUACAAGAUCAAAAUGGCAAGCUCUUUGAUGGCAAGCCGGGUGGCGGACUUGGUGGCGCGGCCAGUGCAUCAGCAGUCAAGUCCUGGUCCGUCAUCCCUACAACUUCAGGAAUAACGACGCCCGUUCUGGGCAUCGCUUCUCUUGUGGCUCAUAGCAGAACCCUGGUAGCGACAUAG